AGAUUUCUACCGUCGCCUCGCUCGGAACGUUCGGAAAGCUUUCCAGUUAUCUCGAGCUUGUCAAGUCCCCAAAACUCGCUAUAACCUACGGGUCCAUUAACGAACACUUGGAGGCAAAUACUUGGAGAUAUGUGUGGUGUAGGGGAGGAAUAAUGGUUUACUUAAUGCGAGUGGGUGAUGAUCAUGAAAGGAAGAGAAACAAUUCGGAAGCCAAUGGGAGGCAUGUAAGGUGCAAACUCAUCUCCGGAGUGUAUCGACGGUUCCGACUUCCAACUUGACCAGUACACGCGACAAAGUUGCUCGGACCGUCUUUUGAUAUCCUAAAGGACUACUGGCCACUCGCGUCUUGUCCAUUUGUCUUCAAUUUCAAAGGUGUCUUGUGGUACUCUAAUCAUGCUACGGCACAGAAUUGGAUGACACCAUGAGGCUUCCGUUUGACACACGGCUUCGCACAGCUCUAGUCACGAGCAGACCUCGACGAAUUUCGCACAGUGAGAAAGCUACGAUUCUAGAACCGCCGCCGUGACCUCAACCUCAACUACGUGCCCGUGGGCAUGAACGGGAUAUUCUAGCCGAUUCCAUCAUAGAUGAUAACCCACGACUUCAAAGCACUUGUGAAAGCUUGCCUCGUCCUGGCUUCUGCUCUCUCGUUUAAAAUCAGUUUCACGCCGCCUAAUGGUCCGCCGAAAUGCCUUCCACCAAGGCCGUCAUUGCGAGUUUAACCCCCGCCGUGCAGGAAUGGAUAGCAGUAUUCGUGAUCAAGUACGCGCUUCCUCUCAAAAUUAUGAUGUAUUACCUCGUAUCCCUGAACGAGAUCCUUCAUAACAUAUCAUUAGCAUUUCCUUCCCUUCCGAUUCAGCCAAUCUUUCCAUCAUUACAUGCAUCGAACGCUGGGCCGGGAAUACCUCUCAAUGUUCUACUCGGUGGCUUGCUCUCUAUCGCCGGUGGCGUCGUCAAAAUCCUUUGCUAUCGUGCUCUGCACGGGUUCAAAUUUGAGUUUUCCACCUCUUCCGAACUCGCCACGAGCGGGCCAUACUCAAUUGUGCGCCAUCCUGCUUAUACUGGGAAUUGGAUGAGUGUUAUCGGGUGCGCGAUGGUUCAUUGGUGGAUACUCGGAACUAGAGCAAAGGCGUUGGGAUAUGCGUGGUUGAUUGGUGUAGGAAGCAUCAAUAUCUCCUUGUUAAUGCGAAUGGACGAAGAAGACGCGUUAAUGAGGCAAUUGUUCGGAAAUCAAUGGGAGAAAUGGAGUAAAGUGGUGAAAUACAGACUGAUUCCCGGAGUAUAUUAAUCAUUCCUAUACAAAGCGAGUUUGAAGCUGGUCAUGUAACACAACGUAGAUGAAAAGCGAAAGCGGUCGAAGCGC